CACUGAAGUUAGAUCAGCAUUCUCAAUCCAGUCCAGGAUUUCUAUUUCCUUGUUCCUGUUCAUGCCGGAGUGGAAACUGUGUCCACCAGGAAGUUUCAAAGGGGAGGUUUUUAUUCUGAUCAGAGUGCAGGGCGGCUGAUCGGGCACUGAGGUUGGAUUGCUGGCGAACACCAUGCAUGCCAGGCAUCUGCUGUUGGUGAUGUAUCUCACCCUGCCCGGGGUCGCUGGGGAGAACGUGUUGAUCUGGCCGACAGAAGGAAGCCACUGGAUUAACUUGAAGUACAUAAUUGCCGGGUUGAUGGCGAGGGGCCACGAUGUCACAGUGGCCACGAUGUCACAGUGGUUUGUAAACAACUCCGAGUCCUCGGCCAUGAAGUUGGAAGUGUUCCAAGUGCCGUUUACACACGAGACCACGGAAGCCUUUUUGAACAACUGGCUGGACGUCUCCCUUUACCAGGCACCGGACUUGUCCUUUUGGGGCAGGUACAGGGUGUUUUCGGCGCUGAUGGCCAAGGGGAGGGAGCUGGGCAUGCAGGUGUGCGACGGGAUACUGAAGAACGAGGAGCUGGUGCAGAGACUACGGGAGGCCAAGUUCAAGGUCCUGCUCUCUGACCCAGUGCAGGUGUGCGGGGAUCUCCUGGCUUUGAAGCUUGGGGUUCCCCUCGUCUUCACCCUGCGGUUCUCCCCGGGCUUUACGUUGGAGAGACACUGUGGACAGAUGCCAACCCCGCCCUCCUAUGUCCCAGUCAUUCUGUCAGAGUUGUCCGACAAGAUGUCCUUCGUCGAGAGGUCUCAGAAUGUGCUCUACUCCUUCAUGUACGACUGGGUGUUCCUGCGGUCCUGGGGAGAUUGGGAUGCUUAUUACAGCGAGGCUUCAGGUAGGUGGUUUGGCUCAUUCCGCUGUGCGGGCAGCACACGUUUUGGUUUUCAUUUUUAAUUUAGUUUAGAGAUACAGCGUGGAAACAGGCCCUUCGCCCCACCGAGUCUACGCCGUCCAGCGAUCAACAGUUCGCACUAGUUCUCCGUCCCCGCACUUUCUCACCCACUCCACCCCUUGCACGUUCGAGGCAACUUGUAGACGCCAAUUAAUCUUCAAGCCUGAAGGACGUAAAGUGCUGGAGAAACCUUGUGAACCCACGCUGCACUCCCUCAAUAGCAAGAAUGUCCUUCCUCAAAUUUGGAUACCAAAACUGCACACAAUAUUCCAGUUGUGGUCUCACUAGGGACCUGUACAAUGAAGAAGGACCUCUUUGCUCCCAUUCUCAAAUCCUCUUGUUAUAAAGGCCAACAUGCCAUUCGCUUUCUUCACUGCUUGCUGUACCCCACAUGCUUACUUUCAGUGACUGAUGAACAAGGACCCCCAGAUCUCAUGGUACUUGCCCUUUUCCUACCUUGGCAGGAGAAUGGGGUUAGGAGGGAGAGAUCGACCCGCCAUGAUUGAAUGGCGGAGUAGACGAUGGGCCAAAUGGCCUAAUUCUGCUCCUAUCACUUAUGACCUUACGAUAUACUGAUAGGGGCUUGGCAGGUUUUGCAGGGAAAUUGCUGGUUGCAUGUCUCCAGUGUUGUGAGGUGCCUGCUGCAAGCUGUCUUUCAGUCUGGAGUAUGCAGACAGGGAACACCGCAGACACAUCAGUCCAUGGCACGGUGCAGGAAUGAGUUCUUGGCCAAGGAAAAGCAUUUUUCACAUCUGGUUGGAAGUAGCAAUGGUGCAUCGAAAGUGUUGAUGAAUUUCUUCACUGACAUCUCUUCUAACUGGAGGGGGGGGUCUUCCGAGGAAUGGGAAAUGAUCCAGUGCCUCACCAUUGGUUUUGAUUGUCUAGGAGAGGUGCUACGCAUGGAUAGUUAGCUACAGGACCUUAGUCCUGCAACAAAUUUGUACGCUCCAGUCAACAAAGUAAUGCUGGAGUUGGAUCAGACUCUGAACAUUGCAAGUGUCAUCCAUUUGUGUGAACCAGUGUCUACAGUUCUUUGUUUCUACAUGUUGACAGUCUUGUUUGGUCAGUUGCACAGUUUACCUCAACUGCCCAAAUGGCUUCAGCUGAUUCCUUGACUCUGACAUUUCUGACAGUUCUUUACCUCACUUGAACUGACUGACAAAAGCUAUCUACUUACCCAACCGGGUUUGGGUCCUGUGUUUCUGGACAGACCGAGUUAGAACCUCUUGCAAAGGGUGAUGGUAUGCUGGUCUCAUGCGUGGAUGAGCCUAAAGUUUGUAUCCUCUUGGUGAAAUCAACUCUCUCGCCCAUGUUGCAUCUCACAUACAGAAUGGCGCAACCUGCUUCAUGAAACUCCGACUUCACUUCUAAU